CAAACGCACCGUUAUUUAUCCUCACCGACAGCUCUUCCGCAUAAAUUUCCACGAGAUCCCCUUAUGCCAGCUUUCCGAAUAUCCAGACACUUCAAUUAUCGAUUCUGCAGAAAUCUGACCUAAAAUAAAUCUCUUACCUCAACUUCAGCUUCUGGAGCUCCAAUCCCAAGCUGAGAUUUGGGAGUAUAGAAAUGCUAGAUCGGUUCUUGAGUGCCAGGAGGGCGUGGCAAGUCCGGCGGAUUCUCCGUAAUGGAAAGGUUACCCUCUUCUGCCUCGUCCUCACCGUCGUCGUCCUGCGUGGCAAUCUCGGCGCCGGAAAGUUCGGCACCCCCGAGAAGGAUCUCAAAGACAUCGCAGAGACUUUGAGCUACUACAGGAAGCGGGCCGAGCCGCGCCGCGUUUUGGAAGAAGCGGAGCUAGUUAAUGUCACUGGCGGAGGUAAUGUCAGCGCCGCCGAUUCCGGGUCGGUUGACGACCAUAGCUACAAAGAGUUUGAUCUAGGGAAGGUUGUGGUUGAUGAGGAUGACGGGUCACCCGAAUUCACAAGGGAUCCGAACGAGCCGUACAGUCUCGGGCCCAAGAUUUCUGAUUGGGACGAGCAGAGAGCGGAGUGGUUGAAAACGAAUCCUGAUUUCCCUAAUUUCUUGGGACCCAAUAAACCUAGGGUUUUGUUAGUCACUGGGUCGUCUCCGAAACCAUGUGAGAACCCGAUUGGAGACCAUUACCUGUUGAAAUCGAUUAAGAACAAGAUUGACUACUGCAGGGUACAUGGGAUCGAGGUGUUCUACAACAUGGCUUUGCUGGACCCGGAAAUGUCUGGAUUUUGGGCCAAACUGCCAUUGCUGAGGAAGCUUCUGAUUUCGCAUCCAGAAGUUGAGCUGUUGUGGUGGAUGGACAGUGAUGCAAUGUUUACUGACAUGGCGUUUGAGCUGCCGUGGGAGAGGUACAAAGACUCAAACCUCGUGCUACACGGUUGGGGUCAUGAAGUGUACGAGAAGAAGAACUGGAUCGGAUUGAAUACGGGGAGCUUUCUGCUAAGGAACACCCAGUGGUCAUUGGAUCUUCUUGAUGAAUUGGCUCCAAUGGGGCCCAAGGGGAAGGUCCGGGAUGAUGCUGGGGCAUUACUGACCCAGGAGCUUAAGGGUCGGCCUGUUUUCGAAGCAGAUGACCAAUCUGCUAUGGUUUAUCUCCUGGCAACACAGCGGGAGAAGUGGGGCGAUAAGGUGUUUCUGGAGAAUCUCUACUUCUUGCACGGCUAUUGGGGAAUUCUAGUGGAUAGAUACGAAGAAAUGAUUGACAAUUACCACCCGGGCUUCGGAGAUCAUAGAUGGCCAUUGGUGACUCACUUUGUGGGUUGCAAGCCGUGUUCAAAGAUGGGAGAGUAUAAAGUAGAGAUAGAGAGGUGUUUGAAGCAGAUGGAGCGGGCUUUCAAUUUCGGGGACAAUCAGAUCCUACAAAUGUAUGGAUUCACUCAUAAGUCUCUCGAGAGUCGGAGAGUGAAGAGGAUCCGGAACGAGACUAGCACUCCUCUUGAAAUCAGGGAUGACCUUGGAUUGCUUCACCCUUCUUUUACAUUCGUCAAGGUAUAGUAUAGUCUUCUUUACUGCACUUUUGGAGAGGAGAUUUGAUGGUGAAGUUUUUUCUUUUUUCUCUUCAUGUACAAUGAUUUAUGUAUACUACAGUACUAUGAUCUGUUCUACUUUUGUCUUUCAAUAGAGGUGUGCUUGUUGUAUUCAUUCAUCAUAUUGUUAAUGUGUCAUAUCUCAGUCUUAAACUUGUAUCUUUUUCAUGCAAGGUAUGGUUGUAUCAUUUUUAUGUUGCUCUGUGUCAACGAAUGAAUACAUGUAUGUAGUGGCCUGGGUAUUUGUUCUUGUUGACUGCUAACUUUGAACUUUUACAUGGGCAAGGGGCGUUUGGUUACCGUUAUGAUUUGACCUGGAUUAUGUUUC